AGGUAAACCAGACAACUAUAGCGGAGUCGACGCUAGAAAGUACAGUGGACACCACGGUGGAAUGCAACGCCGAAGUCAUGAGACUGCGCGCCGAAAACGAGCGAUUGCAUUACGAAUUAGCCCUAGCAGAAUCCCGCAACAAAGAACUUAUAGCAGCAAUGGAAGAGAAGCAGCAAGAGGUCGCUACGACAAUGUUGGAGAUUGUCGAAGAAGCUAAAGAUAUGACGAAGCAAUACUACGAAGCACAGUUGAAAUCUCUGCGUUCCGAGAUGGACGAAAUGCAAGAAGAAUACGAGCAACGAUUGAAAGCACUCGAAGCCAGCGGUAGCAGAGUAUGUAAUUGCGAAACACCAUCAAAGACUAACAAAAAAGUGGCUGAUUUAUUGACUCAGAAUGCCAUCUUAGAAGAGAAGUUGACUGCGGAGAAACUGGCUCGAGCUAGAGCUGAACAAGAAGUUCAACAUUUGCGCGCUUGUAUUGAGGAGAGAGACGAAAAAUUUCCAGAAGAUCACAGACCGGAGAAUGAAGAGGAAGUGCUUACCGAAAGCGAAAGUGAGGAAGAAGAUCCGGCUAAUGAAAGCAUGGAACCAAGCUUUAAAAAGGAAGAUAUCAAUCGCUCAAGGCUACUGCAACUCAGUAUAGUUGACGAUACCACUAAAAAUGACAGUAAAACAGAUAUCGACUAUGAGAACACUAUAGAUAGUGAUAAUAAUGAUAGUAUAGUAGAAAAGUCAGAAGAUACACUCAAAGAUGUUGAUGAUUCACGAAACGACACUCAUUUAACUAUUGGAGAUAAUAAUCAAACCAAUAAAACCUAUCAUGAUGUGUUUAAUACUUCUAAAGUGAAUGGCGAUAUUAAUGAAACUUUGGACGCAUCUCAAGUUAUUGUCGAUUGUAAUAAAAAUGCACCUAUCAAAGGAUCGUCCUUUGUUAACAACGCUAAUAUAAAGGAACAAGCUCUUGACAAAUCGAAUUCUAAUCUUAGAGAAACGUAUUUCGUGCGAAAUUCAGUAAUGAAUAACGCAUCUAAUAUCGAUAAUUAUGAGGUUUCAAAAAAUAUUACUAUUGAUUUUGAUAAGUCGAGUACAAAUAUGACGCCAGAGACUGUCAAAAAGAAUCUUAAAUCAACACGUGCAAUUGAAAAUUCUUCGGCACAAUUUGAACAGUUAGAGAUGACUACGAAUUCACGAAACCUUAAAGAAACUGAUGCCAUUGACGUUUCACUCGCUCAUUUUGAAGAAAUAGAAAUGGAAGCGAAUGCGACACAUAUUAAAGCAAAAGACGCGUGUAACGUUUCUCUCACCCAAUUUGAGCAAAUAGAAACAGCGACGAACACAGAUCAGCUUAAAACAUCUCAUGGCCAUAGCGUUGCUCUCGCUCAGUUCGAGCAAUCAAAAAUAACAACUAACACAAGACACUUUAAAGCGUCUAACAUCAGUGACGUUUCUCUCGCUGAAUUUGAAAAAUUGGAAUUGGCAGCCAAUUCUAAGAAACAGUCUAUUUUGAAAGACACUACUGAACUUUUAUCCAACAUAAAGAUUUCGAAACAAAACCGCAAUUUUUUCAAUCAGAAAAAGGAUGUGGACCCUAUGGAACUAAAUAUUAACAGGGACAAAACUUAUUUCGAGAAUGACGUAAACGUUGACAACAAGCUUGAAGAGUCCAAGAAAAUAUUACUUGACGAUCGGUCGCCUUCAAUCGUUAAAGAAGACAUUGGUAAUUGCGAGCUAACUACUAUUAAAAAACUACUCGGGGAAAGUUUCUCUAGAUCGGAUAUCGUAUCUUCUGUACAUAAAAAUUUAGUUGUGCCUUUAUCUAAGAAACAAUCUUCGGUUGAUAUUUUCGAAGAUUUUGACUCGCCAAUCGUAUUCAAACCUAAAGACACUUUAAAAACAUCGUGUAACACCGAUAUUGAAUUAUUGAGUAAAUCUACAGUGAAACGUAAAUUCUUUGACAGCAUGCUAAGCGAAAAUUGCAAAGCGUCUGGUUCUAAUUUAAAUACUGAAAAAAUAGAGAACACUAAAGAUAAUUCAGUAUCAAAUGGUGCUAAAUCUACAGAAGGCGAUGUUUUCGUAAAACCGUUAGUAAUUACUACCUUUAAUGAAAACCCUAAUGAACCGCCCAAAGAAAAGUUCUCGAUCUUAGAUACAUGUAUUGAGAAAGUUGACAAAGAAAUAGAAGUUGUGCUAAAAUCUAUUGAACAAAUUGGUUUAAAUAAAAAUGAUUCAAAGUCCAAGUUUGUGACUUCAAUUAUUGAGAAUGCUAAAGAGAAGUCCAAUAUGAAUCUGAAUGAAACAACAGAUAUUCAUACAAGAAAGCAGAAUAAUACAAUUGACGAGUUUGAAAUUCUUUACAAAAAUAUAACAGUACCGAGGGCAACUGAAUUUGACUUACUUGUUUCGUCAAACAGUACAAUGUUGAAUGAUACUCACUCCAGAGAAGACUCUGAGAAACCUAAAUACAAUUUGCGACAAAAAGGAAACACUUCACUUGACAAAAAAGAACUAAAAGAUAAAUCUAUAGAUAAGAAAGAAAAAAUGGAAACUGAAGAAGUACUGCUCGAAAGCAAAGCAUCUGAGAGCAAAGCAAAACCACAGAAACGUAAUUUAAGAUUGAGAAGACGUAAAAAUCAAGAAUAUGAUAGUAUUGACCAAGAGAAAGACAAAAUGGAACAUGAAAAAUUUAAAGACAUUAUCAAUUUACAACAAGAAUUCUCGGAUGUUACUAUGGGUGUUCCGGCAACUAAGAAAGAGGUAAAAGAUAUACAGUCUCCUGAAAAGAAGAAAGAAGACGAAAACAAGCCUCCAUUUGAGAUACAGAGCUGUCCGUCUAAAAGUAUUACUCGAAGCCGUAGAAAGUUAUUCACACCACGAGCAGAGCCUCUGGAAGAAUCGUUGCCAGGUGAUAGCGAGAGCAAUGAACGCAUCCGAGUACCCAGGCCGUCUUACCACCGUGCUAGAGCUCGUCGCAAGCUGUGAAAUACCACUACUACAUACCAUCAAUGACCACCCGAUAGUUUUUCUACAUCGCUAUUUUAUAAAAUGAAGACAUUGUUUUGGAUUUUUUUUAAGGAAUUUUCUCCCAACAUAUAAAACGAACAUAUAUGAAAAGCUUAGCACCAUCCUUUGUUUGCCUGAGUGUCAUAUCAA